UGAUUAAUUUCUGUUUUCCAUCAUUUCGAUAAUCAGAUGACCAAUUAUUGAUAAAUUUGGGAGUUUUUUCUUUUUCAUUGUUGUUUGAAUUAUUUUUUUUCAUAUAUUUUUAAUUCUUUUCUAAUCAAUCUAAUCGUUUGGUUUAUCACGAUCUCCUCGAAAAUGCCUGGAAACAAAAAUAUCCGUUUUUCUAUCUGUUCCAUUAUUAUCAACAUUAUUAUUAUCAUACAAUUUAUUGUUCAUCAAGUUGAAUCUAAAGAAUUAACUACAAAUGAUUUUGAUGAAUGGGAUAAAAAUCAAAAAUAUCUAUUCGUUUUAUUCUAUUCAUCAGAAUCAUCAUGUAAACAAUGUGUCCAAGUAUUAUCCGAUUGGAAAUCCUUUGAAAAUCGUCUGGAUAAUGUACAAUUUUUUGCUGAAGUCAAUGUGGGUCGUGUUGAUUGUAGCGUAAAUCGUGAUCUUUGUUCACGUGAAGAUAUCCAAGAGUUACCAAUGGCAAAAUUAUAUGUUGAAAUUAAUAAGAUAACACGAAUCGAAAUGAAUUAUGAAUCGAAAGAAUACGAUCGAAAUUCAUUGGAUAUGUUUCUAAUGAAACAGAUCACUCGAUUUGGGUUUCAAGAUUCACAAAAAGAACAAGAACCCGAUGAAUCGAUCGAUGAAACUGAUGCAACGACAUCAGGAGAAGAAAGAGGAUUCACUAUAAUGCCAUUGAAAGCAAAAAAUGGCCUUUACGAAUUAACAGAUGAUGAUUCAUCUUUGUUCCUAAGUCAUGGACAACAUUUUGUUAAUUUUUAUGCACCAUGGUGUUCACAUUGUCAGAAUCUAAAACCAAAAUGGGAGAUGAUUGCCAAAUCAUUAGAAAAUAAUGAACAGGUCAAAAUAUCACAGAUAAAUUGUCAGGAAAAUAUCUAUACAUGUAAAAUGCAAUUCAAGAUUAAAGAAUAUCCAACAUUAUUAUGGAUAUCAAAUGGCAAAAUUGUUGCACGUUAUAAAGGUUCCCAUGAAUUAGAUCACAUUAAAUCCUUUAUUAAUUCUCAAUUGACCGAUUUUGAAUUGGAAAAAUUAUUGAAAAAAUAUUCUGAUGUUGAUUCCGGUAUUGAAGAAUUAGAAAUUGAUUAUCGUAAAAAAAGUUCCAAUGUCUUACUACUGAAUUCAGACAAUUUCAAAAUGAUUACCGAUUCGGGUUGGACGUUUGUUCAUUUUACUGUACCAUGGAGUAAACACUGUCGUCAGAUGAAAUCUGAAUGGGAUAAAUUCAGUAUUACUGCGCCACCGAAUUCAUUAAAAGUGGCCAAAGUUGAUUGUUCUAUACAGGAAAAACUUUGUACAAUGGAAAAAAUCGAUAGCUAUCCAACAUUGUUACUUUAUAACGAUGGACAUAGAUUUCCCGAAUAUGAUAAUACAUUACGUACGGCCGAUUCAUUUCUACAAUAUUUCAAUGUACAAUCAAAUAAUAACCAACCGAAAAAAGAAUUAUAAGUAGAAUUUUAUAUUUGUUCAUAUGUAACCAUCCAUAUAUAUGUGAUUUUUCCAAUUUUCCUGUGACAUUUUCGUUAUUUAUUGA